UUCUCAAAACCAUAGACAACCCAACCCAAUCUUGAAAAAUGGCUUAUUUUUCAAGAUUUCUUGUGCUUGUAUUCUUACUAACAUCACUUUCUCCCUUAUGUUCAUCAAACCCAUUUCAAGAUAGCUUCCAUCAAUGUCUUUUGGCUAAUACCGACUCUUUAACUCAACUCACCGACAUCUUUUUCACCCCAAACACCACAGCUUUCACACCCCUUUUGAACUCAACUGCUCAAAAUCUCCGUUGCAUCGCCCCGUAUGCUGCGAAACCCGAGCUUAUACUCACCCCGUUACACGAAUCCCAUAUCCAAACCGCGGUUAUAUGCGCAAAGAAGCUCGGUAUCCAGCUUCGGUUUAGAAGUGGAGGACAUGAUUAUGAAGGGAUCUCUUAUACAUCCGUUAUGGACCUUCCUUAUGUCGUUGUCGAUUUAGCCAAGCUACGUGGCAUUGAUGUUGAUGUGGAGGAUGGUUCGGUUUGGGUUCAAGCCGGUGCAACCGUUGGUGAGCUUUACUAUCGAGUUGCCGAGAAAAGCAAGACUCAUGGGAUCCCAGCCGGGCUAUGCACGAGCCUAGGCGUAGGCGGUCACAUCACCGGUGGUGCAUACGGUUCCAUGAUGAGGAAAUACGGGCUUGGGGCGGAUAACGCACUUGACGCGAAGAUUAUUGAUGCCAACGGCCGAUUAUUGGACCGGAAAGCCAUGGGUGAGGAUGUGUUUUGGGCUAUCCGUGGCGGUGGCGGGGGCAGUUUUGGAGUUAUAGUUUCUUGGAAACUUAAACUCGUACCUGUCCCUGAAACCGUCACGGUUUUCAAUGUCCAAAAGACAUUGGAACAAGGAGCCACUAAUAUUCUUUACAAGUGGCAACAAGUAGCCCCCCAACUUGAUGAAAAUCUUUUCAUUAGGGUUAUAAUACAAAACUCAAAUAUACCAAACACAACUCAAAGAACCAUAGCCACAACUUACAAUGCACUCUUUCUUGGAGAUGUUAACACACUUGAAAAAAUCAUGAAAGAGAGUUUCCCUGAAUUGGGUCUCACAAAAGCUGAUUGCUUUGAGAUGAGUUGGUUGGAGUCUGUCUUGUUCAUCGCCGGUUACCCGAAAACCGUUCCCACCGCGGUCUUACUCGCCGGAAAACCUGCCUUCUUGAACUACUUCAAAGCAAAAUCAGACUUUGUAACAAAACCAAUCCCAGAAGAGGGUAUAGAAGGAAUAUGGAAAAGAUAUGCUGAAGAAGAAAGCCCACUAAUGAUAUGGAACCCAUAUGGAGGCAUGAUGGCUAAAAUACCAGAAUCAUCAAUCCCAUUUCCUCAUAGAAAUGGGACACUUUUCAAGAUUCAAUAUGUGAACACUUGGAUGAGUCCUGAUAAAGAAGUGAUGAACAAGCAUGUGGAUUGGAUCAGGAAGCUUCACAACUAUAUGACUCAAUAUGUUUCAAUGUUUCCAAGACAAGCUUAUGUGAAUUAUAGAGAUCUUGAUCUUGGAAUGAAUGACAAAAAUGGUGAUGACACAAGUUUUGUUAAGGCAAGUGCAUGGGGAACAAAGUACUUCAAAGACAACUUCAAUAGGUUGGUUAAGAUCAAGACUGAGUUUGAUCCUGAUAACUUCUUCAAACAUGAACAAAGUAUUCCAAUUUUACCCUUGAAAAGGAAAGUUCAAAAAUUCAAGCAUGUGAAGAAGGACAAUGGUAAAAAGUGUAAGAAGGAUAAAAAGAGCAGAAAGGUAAUUCACCACUAAUUAAGUUAUUUUUAUGCUUAUUUAAUUUUGUUUAGUGGAGUAUGGGAAGCAUAAGUAUAAUGGAGAAUAUGUGACUGGGAGUGAGCGUGUUUGUGGUGUGUUAAUUUGUAUUAGUGCUAUGGGUUGUAAGCAUAGGAUAUCAAUAUCAAUAUAUCAUAUAUAUGGACUGUGAUCACAAUUAAUAGUUGUAAUAACACUAUCUUCUUCUUUUCU